AUGACUUGCCCAGGAGGCUUGAAGGUGGCAGCUCAAAAGUUCCUUUGUGAGACGGCUGCCUUGUGUCAGAAGCAGCAGAGGAAGGUGGCGGAGGAAGGGAAAGGGUCUGGUGCCCCACAAGGGCUGGAGAUGGGUCUGAGACUACAGAAAGGUUGCAAAGUUCCACGCAACAGUUUAGCACCCCAGACUGUGCGGGAAUUACUGGAACAAAAACGGCAACAGCAGAUGGUCCUUGGCCACAGUACUGGACCCCAGGUACCCCCAGGAGUUUUUGAAGCCAGCCGAACAGAGCCCCCCAGAGCAGCCGAGGGAAGAGGACCUACUCCAGGACAGACCGCCGCUCCCGAGUACCCGGUUGCGGCCUUUCCCACCUGGCAGCCAGACACCUCAAGCCAAGCGGCCUUCCCUGCCGACUGCCACUACCAGCCAGUGGACCCCACCAAGAACUACCUCCUUCCACCUCCAGGGCCCCAGUAUGGCAUCAUCAACCCCUUUACUUCUUUGGAAGCCAGUGUUUAUGGGCCUGCAGGACCUAGUACCACCGAGGCAGUGUACGGUUCCAAGAUGGCGUCAGCGGUGGAUUAUGAGACGGCGGUCUCUGAAACCGGGCCUUUGGACCUCUUCCCCGCUCCUGGGGGUGUCUGCCUGCAGCAAGAACUGAACAACCCCUGCCUCCUUCCUGAGGAGAAUUUCCCCGCCUCAUCCCUGGAGGUGGAUCCAGGGGAACUGGCCCAAGCUCGGGCGGAGAUCCGGAACACAGAACUGCCUCUUCUGCUACAUCAAGAUGAGGAUGGAGACACGUUUCUGCAUCUAUAUGUGGCCAAAGGACACCGGCCAUUGGCAUAUGCUACUGCUGAGGUAUUCCGGGAGUGUGGCCAGCUUGAUGUCAAAGAGCACAGGGGGAAGACUCCGCUGCUAGUGGCGGCUGCAGCAAAUCAGCCUGGGAUCGUGAAGGACCUGAUCGUGCUGGGAGCGGAUGUCAACGCUGCAGACCAGAAGGGGCAGACUGUGCUGCACCUUGGCGCCACCUAUGGGCUGCCCAGUGUCAUUGAGGCCGUCAUGGUGACUGGUGUCCCAGUCAAUGUCGAUGCCAGAAAUUUCGAAGGUCUGACCCCCUUGCAUUGUGCUGUCAUAGCUCACAAUGCCGCCUUCCAGUCCCAAAGCAUGGAUCCGUUGUCUCAGCAGCAGCUCCAGAACUUCCUGCUCUGUAUUCGCUUGCUCCUCGAACUCGGGGCCAACUACAAGAGCCAGGAACUGAAGAGCAGCAAAACCAUUCUGCAUUUGGCCGUCCAAGCUGCAAACCUGCCUUUGAUCCAGUUCCUACUCCAGCUGCCUGAAGGAGAACUCCAGAACUUUGUCAAUAUGAAGGCCCACGGGAACACCGCCUUGCACAUGGCCGCUGGUCUGCAUGGACACCCCUUUCAGGAGCAGAUUGUGCGCCUCCUGCUGCAUCACUGGGCUGAUCCCAGUGCGCGGAACCUGGAGAACGAACAACCAGUCCACCUCUUGGCACCAGGGCCAGCAACAGAACAGCUACGCCUGUUGCUUAGGAGCCGCCGUUUGGGCCCCGGACCAGCUCAUCUCCCCUCUUUCCCAUGAAGAACUCCUGUCAAGCUACACUCCUCGGCAGAACACCAUCUCUUUUUCAGCUGCCCAGGAAGUGAAGGAGUGUCAAUUUGGGGGGCGUUGUUGUUUAUGUUGUUUUAUCUUAUGUGACAAGGAAACUUUGCCUUGCGCUGCCUGUAUUUAACUAACUUAUUGGAUAGGGAGGGUUGUGUGCCUGACUUUCCUUGCUGAUGCCAGCCAAUAGUCUAUCCCAGUGGCGCUGGAUUAUCUCCCACUGCAGGUGAGCCACUGCCGUGCUGGCAGUGUGGAGGGCUUUGCCUUCCCCAAUUGUCACUGCAUCCUUUCAGCCCCAGGCUAGUGAGCAGGCAGGGAACAAAGGUACUCUUCCACAACCACCCAGCACCACUGAGCUCACCCUCAUCAGCAAGGAAACGGUUCAGGCUCUGAGUGUGAAUUCUGUCGACCAGCUGCUUCCCCGACUGGAGUUCUAAGUGCUCCUGUUUGGUAUCCUUGCAUGCAAGGGAGGGGGAGGCAGCUGCCAGGUUUGCCCCUCUCUAUCCUCUUAGCUGCCGCAAGUAUCAUUUCUGUGAAAUGGAUCGUUGUAAUUGAACCAUAUUGGUUUUUGGCAAAAUUUGGAUCGUAUAGUAGCACAGGGCUGGCCUUUGCCGGAGGAAUUACUUCGGUGAAACUGAGUUGCUGUUUAGGCCAUCUCUGGUGUGAUCCACUUACUGAUGCUACAUCUUAAAACCUAAGAGAGUUCCUGUAACUUUUUAAUUCAAAGAAUUGCACAGAAGGGGGAAAGGAAACUCCACUGGUUGGAGCUUCUCGCAACUGUGGCAUGGGAGUGAUCUUCCAAGCCACAACUGCCGAAAUUAUCCCUUCUGUGCAAAUCUUAGGGCAUGGGCGGCUACCUUGUGGUACCCAGAUGUUGUUGAACACCACUCCCAUGAGUGAAGUCCAGCCUGGCCAGAGAUCAGGGAUGAUGGGGCUUGAAGUUCAGCAACGUCUGGAGGGCUACAGGUGUCUUGCCCCCGCCUCCGGGUAGUUCUCUACAAAAUUAACCGGCUUAAUUGUUGUUCCUUCUCUCUCCACAACUUGGGAACCCUUGGAACUGUACUUCCACUGAGUGGUCUUUUAAGAGGAGCCUCUGCUCCUUUACCCAAAUGUCAGUUCCCAGGUGUCCCUGCGGCGAGGCAGGAGCUGCAACGCUUAAGCCAGCCUUGAAACAACGUUGUGGUAGAGAACUGCCCUUUUAAGAAGCUAGAGGUGCCCUCUCAGGAGAUGAAGUUGGCAGCCGACUUAAGUACGCCUCACAAUAACCUGAGGCAAAUGACAAUAUGCACACUUUUUCAGUGCUGCCCCUCUGACGCUUGGAAUCGGUUUGGAGGCCCUCAGGCAAGGUGGGGGCCUUCCGUGUUCUAAGAUGCGGGGAUAAACACUGCGUGUUUUUUCUCGAUUUAGGCUCCGGCCUGUGACGCACCCGCUCACAGCAUCUGUGUGCAGAAACCUGUAGCCAGGUCCCUGGCUUAAUUGAGAGAGCUCUGUGUAGCUCACACUCUUAUCUCUGGCUCAUCGCCAAGGAAGCAGUCUUUCUCUCUCUCUCUCUCUCUCUCUCUCUCUCUCUCUCUCUCUCUCUCUCUCCAUGACUGCAUCAGCUUGUAUCCCCACAAAGUGGGGAAAUUAACACACCUCCCCUUUCAUUUCCUAUCCUCCCCACCCAUCCCGUUUCUUGGCGGUCUUGCCUUAUUAAGCCAUGCUGUCCCACCAAUUCCUGCUCUCCACAGCUCUUUGAGGAGUUUGACUCGCCCUUCUUUUCCCGUUGCUGGGUAGGGAGAAAUUAGAUCCAGCUUGCAUUUAAAGGCAAACCAACCUAAUUUGCCACCUUCAAAUGUGAAUGAACUGCAAACUAAUGCAGAAAUGCGAAGAACUGAACUUCAGAUGGGGGGGGGGACCAAAACGAGUAAAUCAGCCCAUCUGCAAUUGCCAGACACCCAAUCCUGGGAUUUCUUCACUGUUGUGAAGAAAGGGAGAAUUCUGGUGGUUGCAGCUUCUUCUGCCGCAAAAUACUGCUGCAGGUUCAGCUGCUGCAAGAAUUAUUCCUGCUCACUAACUAGGAGGGAACCAUAGCUGUCAACUUACAGAUUUGAAAAUAAGGGACCAGCAGCCUCGAAAAUAAGGGAUCAG